GGUAUAUUUACGCUUAAAAAACUAUACUCUUUGAUUGAUAUACUUGUCUGAGUUCUUACUUUUUAUUAUGUUCAAACUUCAGUGAUUUUGUUCUAUUAAUUAUUUAUGUGCUCAUAAAUCCUGCCGUCUUGGUUUCUUGAAAGGACUAUUGUAUACAAAAUACCUAAGAAUGAUUUUUUAUUAGUGAGUCAACAUUGUUUUUGUUUAAUUGGUAGUGUUUAUUUUUAUUUGACUUAUAUGGCUCGUCAGGCUGUCAUUUCUUUGUAGUAUAAAAUUCCAUAAUGAUGAAUACACCGCCCGUUCCAAAACCACGGUCUUCAGGUUUCUCACAGAAUGAUUCAUUGAAAAGGCCAGUACCGUUACCUCGUACUAAGGUACCUGUAACUAAUGAAAGAGUUACAGCAUCUGAAGUGUUGCGUUCUAUAGGUUCGGUAUCAAAACAAAUAACUGAAGAUGUUGCACAAAAAGUUACAAAUUCAGCAAAAUUUGCAAAUGAUAAAAUUGAGAAAUCUUUUAUGGAUGGUUCAAAAUUUGCUAAGGAUACUUUAGAGAAAACAAUAAGCACAUCAAAGGCUGUAAGAGCAUCAGUUACAAAGUCUGUCAUAGAAACAACAAAAACAGCUGGUCUAAAGAUACGUCGCACAAAAAAAUUAGAGACAGAUCAUAGUGAAGACUCUCAAAGAUGUGUUUCAAUGCCAGCAGCUGAUGUUUCAUUUUUUGAUAACAUACAGUUUUAUUCACCACUUUUAGAACAAAAAAAGAUAUCACCUGAAGCUGGUCCAUCUGAAAAACGUGAAUCACCAAGUUCACAAAUAAAUUCUCAAACAGAUAACCUGUCGCUCCUUUCUUGUAAUUCAGAUUCUAUAACUGAUAGUGUGAGUAUUACUCAUGACAAUAUUGAAUAUGAUCAAAAUGACUCUACUUCUUUUUUAGAAUCAGAAAUGACAUACGAUACUCCAAAACCAUCUAGAGCUAAUAGUUUUAUUAGUGUGAAAUCUGCACCAGAAGUGCCAGGAAGAAGAAAAAAGAAAGAGAAGAUAGAAAUUAUGAGACAGAAUUCUCUAUAUGAGAACUGGACAUUACAAUUAUCUCCAAAACCUAAUGUAGAAUCUUUUGAUAGGCCAAGUAAAAGUACUAUUUAUGAAUUUGAUCCCUUAAAUUUUACAGCACAGCCUAAGAAAUAUGAUGGUGUCAGUAAUGAAUUACUGCUGUUGGAGUCUUUUCUGAUUGGGGAUACUUAUGGUACAAUUGUUUCAAAUGACAUUGGGGUUGAUGAUACAUUUGACUUUAUUGAAAGUGAUUAUUUCAAUCCCCCAACACCACCUGAAAGAUUUGACAGUCUUGCUGUUGGUGAAAUUGCCGAAAAACCUACCUUAUCACCUAGUGUAAAAGAUAAUAAUUCAAAUUGGUACAUUGGAAAGGAUUGUUCAAGUACAGAUGUUAUUGAAGAUACAAAAACAGGAAGUUCUGUAAUGCAAAGAUUUUCAAACAUGCUAAAAUUAGACAAUGUGUUAAAUAAAGGCUUGAAACAACCUACAGUCAAAGUUGAGAAAGCGGAACGUCCAACAAUUAAUCACUUACUUGUUCCUUACUACAGUGGAACUCUGAAUAAAGUAAUUUCUGGAGCAGUUGAAGAUUUAUUCAAGAAUUCCCAAUCUUGUAGUAGAUACUGUGUUUUAUCUGAUCACAAAUUGAUGUGUUACUCAGAUCCAACUAACUCAAUAGUGAAAGAAGUUUACACUUUAGAUAGUAUUAAUUCAGUGCAAAUUGUAUUACCAUUAUCAUCUAGCACCACAAAUAACUCAUACUGCUUUGAGUUGACGAUUUCAAUGGGUGUUAAAAGUUCACCACGAAAAGUGCUCUUUGGCUGUGGAAGUGCUUCAGAAAGAAGAAAUUGGGGACAAAAAAUAGCUGAACAUCUCACUAAUGGAUUCCCAACCAAAUAUACAUCAGAGUUUACAAGGAGUGGAUGGUGUUAUAUGAAGGAAGGGGUUACUGGACAAUGGCGUGGAGCGUGGCUUAUGCUGGUGAGACGAGUCCUUGUCUACUACACCCCUCCCGAGACCCUUUGUACGGUAGACCUUAGAAAGACGAGAUGUGUUGUAAACCAAGAUGCAGAUGAAGAAACAAAACAAAAGUGUGUAUCGGACGGUAGCCCAAAUCUUCUACUCGAUUGUCCACAUGCAACUGUAUAUUUGAGAUUCCAACACGAAAAAGAUCUCAAGAGUUGGAGGUACAUGAUUAAGUUAGCUGCUCAUAAUAACGGAGCGUAUUUACACCACCAGCAGCUUACCAAGGAUGACGUUCCGGCCAUAGUAGACAAGUGCAUUAGUUUUAUUUAUGCCCACGGGAGUCUAUCAGAAGGUAUAUACCGGAGGGCGGGCAGUAGUUCAGUACUGUCGGAAUUACUUGGACGUUUCAGGCGUGACUCGUGGUCAGUGGUUUUGAGUCCUGGGCAGCAUUCGGAGCACGAUGUUGCCGGUGUAUUAAAACGAUUCUUUAGAGAUCUCCCGGAAUCGCUUAUACCGCAAGACAAACAUACAGUUUUAAUUUCAGCUCUUGAAAUCAAGGAGAAACACGAACGAAACAGUGAAUAUAGAAAAGUGAUGUUCUUCUUGCCUCUCGUCGCGCGCAAUACGGCGAGGAAAUUGUUCGCGCAUUUGCAUUUCUUAAAUACAAUGGCGCACGCUAACAAAAUGAAUGCUGAAAAUCUGGCCUCAGUUUGGGCACCUACCAUCAUGCCGGCAGCUUUAACAAGUCAGACCCUCCAAACAGCAUGGUCAGCCAAGGAGCAAUAUGUGGUCCGGGAUCUAAUAGCAAACUACGAGGAGAUAUGGGAGCCUACUGAAGCCGAAACCCGACGCGAAGCGGCCAUACGCCGCGUCCUCAUGCGAGUAUUAAGUAACACUGCGCCUGCGCCGCCCAAAGCCGCCGGAGAUUUGCGAGCGUGGAUCUACGUGAAUGACAGAAACACGUGCCACCAAAUUGCGCUAACGCCAAACAAAACAUGUUCCGACGUUUGCAUAGAGCUUUGUGAAAAGGCGCAAACGGAAUCACAUUUAUUGAUGAUCGAAGAAGUUAUUUGUAAUGAAUCGAUGAGAAGAAUAGUUCACAAAGACGAAGUUGUUCUAGAUGUUGUUCUACAGUGGAGUUAUUGGGACGAAGAGGAUCGAAAAGAGAAUUACUUAAUGAUUAAAAAUAAUAAAUUGUUGCACGAUAUUGCUGUUAAGAAUACCGGAGUUGUUUGCGGAGAGCUUAGAGUGGCGAAUGAGGCGAACAAAACUUUUAAAUUGCAUAUGUUUGAGUGUAAUCAUACGAAGUUGUGCUAUUUCAAGGAUAAACAGGGGUCACACAAGAUUGAAGAAUGGCUGGUGAAAGAUAUUUUAUGGUACAUCGGCCACGAACCAAAACGUAAUCCUCAAUCUCGCUGGGCCAUCACGUUCAUACCAAAAAAGAAUAAACAGAAAAGAUCGAAAGAUCGCCCAUGGUUUGGUGUGACCAUAGCGGGCGCGGUAACUGAAGAUCAAGUUAAAUGGAUGACAGCGUUAAUGUACGCUGAACACACAGAUGUACUUCCUACACCGCGGCUUGUCAUCACUUAAUGGUAUCGGCACAUUACAGGGCCUGAUUUAGCAAAAAGGGAAACAAUAACUUGCCAAGUUAUUUGCUGGUAUAACAAGUAUUUGUGCGUGUGAAUAUCAAAAUCAAAAUAUUGUUUAAUGUACACCAUUAAGUUACCUACAUUAAAUAAACAAUGUUUUGAUUUUGAUUUUAAUGCUUCUUUUAAUUUACUGCUAGUUCUCAAAUCAAAAACAGACGAGAACUGACUCUCCUUCACUCUUCCACGCCAUGCCAAGAGUUUUUUAUCACACGUUAUAGAAAAAACAAAAACGAAAUACAUAAUAUUGAUUUGCGUAUACUGUUAUAGUAUUAAUAGUUACUGUACUGAACAACACAUCAAUUACACAACAACGAUACAACAGUAAUACAACAACGAUACAAGAAAAACAUAAAUUACACAACAACGAUACAACAAAAACACAAUAAUGUAACAUCUUGAAAAACGAAUACACAAUAAAAGUUAAGGAAAUUUGUCAUAAUUUAGUUUUGUUCGCUAUUUCGUUGCAAAUAGAUAAUUAAAAUUUAGUUGUUUGACGAACAGCGAAACCGCGUGCAGAGAUAAUAUUUAUUAGGGGUUACUCAAAAUAAAUAUCGCUGUUGUCUUAAAUAAAUAUGAGCCUGGUAAGACGUGUCCCAUGUAGUGUAAUUAAUAGUUUAAAAUGUAUUUUAAAUAUAAAUGAAGUACUUCUAUAACUAAGUUUAGAUGUUAGUGGAAAUAUAGUAGCUUUUUAAUUAGCAAAUGUCCUGCCUCUUAAUUGAAUAGUUUUCUGAAUUGAAAUUUUUAUAUAGUUGAUUCAAUAGUACUUGGAGUCGUAUGAAUUAAUACUCGCGGAUUUUAGGCAAGUUGAAUAAUUGUUAUAAUUUGAAUGUGUGUUUCUAAAAUGUUUUAUCUGACACUUCCUUGCCAAUUCGGUUUUGUUUAGCUUUUUAGAAUUAAAUAACAAUACAAAAUAGAAGAAUCGAGGCUUCUUAUUUUAAAUUUCUAUAUAUACUAUAAUAUGAGACUGUCAAACUUGAGAUUUCUAUGUCAAGUAAUACAUGUUUUCUCGGCUUACAUAUUUAGACAUAUAAAUUGUUUCAUAGCAUGGUCAGCAAACUUAAGUUUGCUAUGUCAAUUAAUACAUGUUUUCUCGGUUUACAUAUUUAGUCAUAUAAAUUGUUUGAUAGCAUGGUCAGGCUGAGCGUAAAACGUAAGAACGAUGAUGUACUUCGUUGACUGUGACUUGACAAACGAAACAUGAAGCGUGUCGUGUCAGUGACCAAUGGGUGUUGUAUGUAUGAAAAUGGUCACCCUUCCGCCUUAAAACAUGAUCGCAGAGCGCAGCAAUAAUUUUGGUCAUAAUUUGUGUAUAUUUAAAUAUAACGUGCAUAAUUAAUUUUCAUUUACAUAUACAGUGUAAACUCUAUAAAACGACACUUAAGAGACUGUUCAUUUACGGCGUUAUAGAGAGUUGUCGUUAAGUGGAGAAAAGAAAAUUAGGUAUUGGAAAAAGCUUGGAGAAUUUUUUCUUUGUUUUUCCAUAUUGUGGAACGGUAGAGCAACUAAAUCCAAAGCGUUUGCCAACAUCCCUUAUCUUCUCUCCCGUACUAUUGCGCGUAUCAGUCAAACUUUUUCAUCAAUACAGUGAUUUUCUUUUCUAGCCAUGUUUACAGUUUGAAAGUUGGUAAGCAACUAAAUAUAUGAUACUUAAUGACCUAUAACCCUUAAUUAGGGCAGAGGGCGUCCACAGUGAGUUUCCAUCGCGUUCGGUCUUGAGCCUCGUAUUUCACCUCGCUCCAAGUCUUUCCGGCUCUCUUUGCCUCGUCUGCAACUUUUCGGCGCCAGGUUUGUUUGGGAUGGCCACGCUUUCCUUGCGAAUUUCAAUCAACCGCCUGCUUGGGAAUAUGAUUGGGAUCCCUUCGGAGUGUAUGGCCGUGUAUUCCAUUUGCGUUGCUUGAUCUGCUGGCUGAUCGGGUUUUCUCGACAGCGCUUAGAUCUCUAACGAGCAACUUUGGGAGCGCUGUCGAGAAAUAUAUGAUAACGUAUAGAUAAUCCAUGACUCCUACUUAUGUCAUGGUCAACAACAGUCUACACGUGCAAGCAAUCCCAAUUUGUAAACAAAAGAACGAAUUUCUUAGAAAGUUCGUAUGCAUGAUGCCGACAGUCCAGUUUAUUGCGGACUAGGAUAAUAAAGAGACAAAAGAACAUACACAGCUGCCGAGUUUUUACUAAUUUUAGCAACUAAAAAGUACUUUAUUACUCAAUUGGUGUCGUUAUUCAUAGUGGGUGUAAUGCUAUGUAGAGUGUAUCAUUGUAUGGAAUACAAGUUAAAGCCAAGAUUUCAACGCUAUAUGCAAUGUGGCGUUAAAUCGAGGGUUCGUACAUGGAGUUUACACUGUAUGUAAAAUUUGAUAAGAAAACAUGGUAAGCUAGUUAAGCCUUAGUUUAUAUUAUAGUCAUGGCCCGAUCGUAGAAUUAAAUUUAUGAAAUCGUCUGAUGUAGCUCAGUCUCAGUCCAGGCUUUGAUUUCGCUUAAUGUGUAGAAUUUUCAACUCACAUGCGUUAACGAUGGGAAUCAACGUUGAAACAUCAGUAAACAUUGAUUAAUGAUAUAGUAUAUGAAAUAAGCAUCCUACGAUUGGGCCGUGCAGUAUAAAGAUGGCAGUUGGCCAAGUUUACUAAAUGUAAAAGUAAGUUCUGUAAAACGUUGGUAUUUUUUAUGGCGCACAAAUUUACAUUCCUGUGAUCCAAGUUCCAAAAAUGUUCAAGGAAAUACUAUUAACAUGUAUACAUAAAAUAUAAGAUUGUUUUGUAUUGAAGAUAUAUUUUACCAUUUAUACCUUUUCUUCAAUAUAUUUUAAUAGGUUUAAGUAUUAUAAAGAUUUCAGAUAAUUUAAUGGAUUGACUUGUUCAUCGAAUUUGUACAUAAAAUCUAAAUAUUUUAGAUUGGCAAAGAUUCAUCGCUAAGUGCCUUUAUAACUGUAAUAUAAUGUCCACUGGUUCAUGGAUUAAAUUUUUUCGAAAAAGUUAAAAUAAUUAGAGUUUUCAAUGUAACUAUGAAUUGUUAAUGUACCAAAUUCAAAAUUACUAUUUUGUGCAAAUCUAUGCGUGUACUUUACUAUUUACGAUUUAAUUAUUAAUUUAAUUUAAUUUUGUAUAUAAGAACAUUAGUAUACAUAUAUUGUUUAUGAUAAAAGGCAUCUAUUGAUGAUUU